AUGGGGUCUGAGAACAACUCACAAAUUUCACAUUUUAUCCUUCUGGGGAUUUCAAAGAACCCAAGACUCCAGGCUUUCUUAUUUGUGCUGUUCCUGGCCAUGUACUUGGUCACCAUGCUUGGGAACCUGCUCAUUGUUGUGGCAACAAUUUCAAGCUCCCAUCUGCAUACACCUAUGUACUUCUUCCUCUCCAACCUAUCCAUUGUGGAUGCCUGCUUCACUUCUACAACUGUCCCAAAGAUGUUGGUGAAUAUAAACACAAAAAGUAAUGUCAUCACAUAUAAGAACUGCAUUGCCCAAAUGCAUUUCUUCAUACUCUUUUCAGGGCUGGAAAUAUUUCUGCUGACUUUGAUGGCCUAUGACAGGUAUGUGGCCAUCUGUCACCCCCUGCAUUAUACUACCAUCAUGAGCUCCCAACUCUGUUUGCUGAUGGUCCUAGCAUCCUGGAUCAUGAAUAUCCUCCACUCCAUAACACAAAGCUUAAUGACAUUGCGGCUGACCUUCUGCACAGAUUUGGAAAUCCCACACUUUUUCUGUGAACUUAAUCAAGUGGUGCAAAAUGCUUGCUCUGAUACCCUUCCCAAUGAUGUGGUUAUCUAUUUUGCAGCUGUGCUGUGGGCUUGUUGUCCCCUGAUGGGAAUCCUUUACUCUUAUUUCAAGAUAUUUUCCUCCCUACGUGCAAUCUCAUCACUUCAGGGGAAGUACAAAGCAUUUUCUACCUGUGCAUCUCACUUGUUAGUUGUCUCUCUAUUUUAUUGCACAGGACUUGGGGUUUACCUCAGCUCUGCUUCAACAAAAAACUCACAGUCAACUGCAAGAACCUCUGUAAUGUACAGUGUGGUCACACCCAUGCUCAACCCCUUCAUCUAUAGCCUUAGGAAUAAAGAUAUAAAGAGGGCUCUGAGAAAAAUGUUGGGCUGGAAGAAAGAGAAGAAUCCUUUACUAAGGUGCUAA